CUAGGCGCUAGCUACUAGCUAGUCCUGAUUCAUUCGUCGUCGAGACCGGUCGGUUUACUUCCCGGUAUUCAACGAACUUUACGAUCGUGUCUCUAUAUCGGGCGUGAUUUUGUAUUUGAAAAAAUAAAUUUCGAAAUUUUAGUGAAUUUAAGUGAAAAAUCCAUGAAAUGAACAUUAGAUAGCGUUUUGUGAAAGCAAUUUUGGCCAAACCCCCUAACCGGAAACUUAUAAUGUUUGUGAUUGCCUAAAAUUAUCGUAAAGCUCCAUCAUGAUUUUCGAAGUGUUCUUUAUUCCCUUUAUUCUUCUCAUAGCAAUUUUUCAAUCUUCAAUUGCUAACACCGAAAUAUCACCGACAGAUUCUUCAAGUGCUCUAAGAUACGAAGCUCCCGACGAUUGUCAGUGGUUGGUGAGAGACCCUACAACUUCUACUGGCCAAGAUGAAGUUGCACUCACUUGCAACUUAAGAACGAUAAAUAGUGAAUUUGACACUACGAAUUUUAGUGUCAUACCAUCAGAGCAUACAACAUCUUUGAGAAUUGAAUGCAAUGCUGAUAUAAUGUCCAGAUCAAGUUUGGAUGAUAAAAGCUUCGUACAUUUAACAAAAUUAAGAGCGUUGGAGUUGGAACAUUGCAAAUUAGCUCGCUGGCCUGCAGGUACUCUAUUUGGCCUAAGAGAUUUGAGAAAUUUAUCCGUGAGAACUCACAACACUGAAUGGCCAGCAAUGAACUUGGAUUUUUCCAGAGAAAGUUUUUCACCAGUAAGACAAUUGGAACGUUUGGAUUUGUCUUGCAAUAAUAUUUGGUCAUUUCCAGAAAACAUUUUUUGUCCUCUAAUAAAUUUAGUGUUUUUGAACGUAAGUGAAAAUCGUCUACAAGAUGUGAGUGAUUUAGGAUUUCGGGAAAAGGCUCCUGGACUACCACAACCAUUAAUAAGUGUUGCUGAAGACGAAGCUCCUCAGCCGGAAAAUCCAAGGACACUUACGCACCCUUGUAGUUUGGACAUUCAGGUACUGGACGCUUCUUUUAAUCAUUUCGUUCUUAUUCCCGCUAAUGGCUUUAGUGUUUUACGUAGACUGAAGGAAUUUUACAUUCAUAAUAACGAAAUUAGUAUGGUAGCCGAUAAGGCUUUAAAUGGACUAAAAGCAUUGCAAAUUUUCGAUUUAUCUAACAACAAGGUCGUAGCCUUACCUAGUGAACUUUUCAAAGACUGCCGCGAAUCUAUAAAAGAAAUUUAUUUGCAAAAUAAUUCUAUUAGUGUUUUGGCCCCAGGAUUAUUUGCUAAUUUAGAGCAGUUGCUAGCCCUGGACAUUUCCAAAAAUUUGCUUACAAGUUCGUGGAUAAAUGCAGACACGUUUUCCGGUCUAAUUCGACUAGUGCUUCUAAAUUUAUCGCAUAAUCGUAUAUCCAAAUUGGAUCCAUCGUUCUUCCGAGAUUUAUACACGCUACAAAUCCUGAAUUUGGAACAUAAUUCUCUAGAAACCAUUCCAGCCGACACUUUCGCCCCUAUGAAUAAUUUACAUACUUUAAUAAUCUCUUAUAACAAAAUUACCUAUUUGGACGCAUAUUCUUUAAAUGGGCUCUAUGUUUUGUCUUUAUUGGCUUUAGAUAAUAAUGUACUCGAAGGAAUUCACCCAGAGGCUUUCAGAAAUUGCUCUAGUUUGCAAGAUCUUAAUUUGAACAGUAAUCAGCUGAAAGCUGUCCCUUUGGCCCUAAAAGACAUGCGGCUUCUAAGAACAGUCGAUUUAGGAGAGAAUCUGAUUACGUAUCUGGAAGAACCAGGAUUCAGGGGCUUAAGUAAUUUAUACGGCUUGAGAAUGUUAGGAAAUAGGAUCCAGAAUGUUAGCAAAAGAGCGUUCGCUGAUUUACCAGCCCUACAAAUCUUAAAUUUGGCUAAAAAUAAAGUUCAACGUAUCGAACAUGGAUCGUUUUCUAAUAGUCCCAAUUUACAAGCUAUCAGACUGGAUUCCAAUCAAUUAACUGACGUAAAUGGGUUAUUUGCUGAUAUUCAAAGUCUUCUAUGGUUGAAUGUAUCAGACAAUCAAUUGGAGUGGUUUGAUUAUGCUCUUAUUCCCCAGGGCUUACAAUGGCUGGAUUUACACAAAAAUAAUAUCAGAGAAUUGGGUAACCGAUACAAUUUAGAUUAUGAAUUGAGGCUGGAACAACUGGAUGCUAGUUUUAACAAAAUCUCGAAAAUUAGCGCUAAUUCGGUACCCAGCAGCAUUGAAUUAUUGUUUUUAAAUGACAAUUUAAUCAGUAUUGUUGAACCGCAUACUUUUAUUAAAAAGACAAACCUAAGUCGAGUCGAUUUAUAUGCCAAUCAAAUUGGCAGUAUGGAUUUAAAUGCUUUAAGACUCACUCCUGUGGACCCAGAAAAACCAUUACCUGAAUUUUAUAUCGGAGGCAACCCUUUUCAAUGUGACUGUACCAUGGAGUGGUUGCAGAGAAUCAAUAAAUUAGAUCAUUUACGGCAACAUCCCAAAGUAAUGGAUCUAGAAAGCAUUUAUUGCAAAUUAUUAUAUAACAGAGAGAAUAAUUACAUGCCUUUGGUUGAUGUAGAAUCCUCUCAAUUUUUGUGCACCUAUAAAACCCAUUGUUUUGCUCUUUGUCACUGCUGCGACUUUGAUGCCUGUGACUGUGAAAUGACUUGCCCAAAUAACUGCACAUGCUAUCACGAUCAACUUUGGAGUGCCAACGUAGUGGAAUGUUCAAAUGUCGGCUUCACAGAAAUGCCAAACACCAUCCCCAUGGACGCUAGUGAAGUUUAUUUGGACGGCAACAAUUUCGGAGAGCUUUCCAGACACUCGUUUAUCGCCCGCAAGAAUUUGAGGGUUUUGUACGCGAACAAUUCAAACAUCGCCGCGAUUUAUAACCACACAUUCAGAGAGUUGAGGCGGUUGUCGAUUUUGCAUCUCGAACAUAAUCGGAUCAAAGAAUUGCUAGGGUUUGAGCUGGCUACUUUGGAAUCCCUCCGAGAGCUUUACUUGCAAGGAAAUUUGAUACAUUAUAUUGACAAUAGAACGUUCUUGGAGCUUAAACAAUUGGAAGUUUUGAGGCUAGACGAAAAUAGAUUGUAUAGCUUUGAAGUUUGGCAACUAUCCUUAAAUCCUUACUUAGUGGAAAUUGGCCUGGCAUAUAACCAAUGGUCUUGUGACUGUGGAUACGUUACGAAAUAUAAAUCCUGGCUCAAGCAGAACUAUGGGAAAGUCGUCGAUGCUACCAGAAUAACAUGUGUAGUUAACAAUGCUACAAAUUUAUUAGGCCCAAAAAUGUCAGACUUUAAUUCUUCCAAGUGUCUCCAUAUUUUUUCCGAUGGUAAUCAUGCCAUAGUUGAACAACAAGUUAUGAACGAUUAUCUUCCAUUACUCCUAGGAACAAUGUGCUUGUUUAUUGCGAGCGUUGUGAUAGUUUGCGGGGGUUUUUACUACAGGCGAGAGCUACGAGUGUGGAUUUAUUCGAGAUGCGGUCUUAGAAUGUGUUAUAAAACUACCGCGUUUGACGAGCAACAAGACAAAGAAAGACUCUUUGAUGCGUACGUAAGUUACAGCGUCAAAGAUGAAGCCUUCGUUAGUCAAGCUCUAGCUCCCAGUUUAGAAGGUGGUGAUCCUUCCUAUAGACUUUGUUUACAUUAUAGAGACUUUAAUGUAUCAGCGUAUGUGGCAGAUACAAUCAUUGAAGCUGUGGAAUCUUCGAAAAGAACUAUCAUAGUGCUUUCUAAAAACUUUUUGCAUAACGAAUGGUGUCGGUUCGAAUUCAAAAGUGCUCUACAUGAGGUGCUUAAGGACAGACGUAAAAGACUUAUUUUUAUCGUAACUGGAGAACUACCUCCUAGGGAUCUAGAUCCCGACUUAAGACUUUAUCUUAAGACAAAUACUGUGAUCGAGUGGGGCGACAGACAAUUUUGGCAAAAGCUUCAAUUUGCCAUGCCCGACGUUCGAAGGCCUUGUAUGCACCAAAGGUCUUCGGUGAACAUUUACGCCACAGCAACUCCAUCGCAUUUGAUGAUGGAUAGAUCCAGGAGUCCGGCGUUACCACCGCCUCCACCCCCAGGCAAACUUCCGCCGUUUUUGCACCAAAAUUCGUCGAGUUUGCCACGUGACUCGAGGACGAUGCCGCAUCCUUUGUGGGCGUAGCGGUUUACCUUUAGCAGAACGUCUAUGAAGAUGGCUGCUAACGAUUUGGAUACAGAUUCGAACGGAGAAUGGUCAAACACUGACGAAUCUACUCCGGAUUUACAUGGACUUGCUUGGGAUGCAAAGGUUGUGGUUGUAAAGUACUGAAAAGUAAUGGAUGUGAUGAUACCUGAGGUGUCAAAAGAUUUCUUGAAAAGGACUAUUGUUAAAUAAAAUGAAGAAAUCUUUGGGUUGAACCUGUGAUAAAAAAUACUCUAUUUAUUUAUUUUUAAGAAUGUGUGGAUUGUUUGUGAAAUAAUUGGCUUCUACCUUUGAAAACUUGAAUAAAAAUCAAAUUUUUCAAUCAAUAUUAUAUAGCUCUCUAAAUUUUCAAAAAGCAAAUUGAAAUGUUUUGUCAUUCAAAGCAAAUUAUAGUUUAUCAAUAGGUGUAUAUUUGUCACCAUUAUUCCGUUGACAAGACCAACAUUUCAGUAUUUAAAUUUUUGUUUUUCCAAUUUUAAAAUUUAGCCGAAUAAAUAUAUGUACCUACUUUUAUAUUCUUCCAUCCUACUGGAAAUAUUAUAUUCCAUUAUUGUGAAUAUUUUUUAAUCAAUUUUAUGGUUACGUGAUUUUAAUCACAUGAAGUUUUGACCUCAAUAUCUGAUUAAAAAAAUGUGAAUAAAUUUGCAAAGUAAUAGUAUUCCCUAAAUUUUUUAAAAUUAUUCAUGUACCUACUGUAUAAAUAUAUCUACAUUGUAAAUACUAUUGUGUAUAUUAAAUAAUAAUUAUUUAAAUAUUUCAAUGGAUACUAGCUGUAAAUCAGCAUUCUGUAACUGUGAUAAAAGUAAAUAAAAAUUUAUUUUAUUUAUGGUAAAAAAUAUUUGUAUUUAAU